CCCGCGCAUGCCCAGUUGGCCCAAUAUGCAUCAUAUGCGACUUUCUGAUCAUUUGUAAAUAACCGUAAUAUCUGCGUGGCGUGAUGAACGCGAAGCUAAACUGGUUUCCCAGGGUCGACGCCCACACGACCUACAUAGCGGUCACGGUAGCCGACCAUCACCGUUGACAGUGAAGAGGUAGUUCCGGUCUCCUCCAAUCGAGCCCCAAAUUCCGCGGUGACCUUUUUUCUCUCCGCUGAUGACACACUUCCUUAUCGCUGCUGCGAAGACGUGCUGCAGCUCGAGUUACCGCUUCACUUCCGCCUCGUACCUGCGCGUGGCCGCCGUGGCGUCCGCCGAAGUCGGAGCAUACUCCACGGCAGGCGCAGUUGAUGUGAGCAGCUGAGCGGCUGAGCAAACCGGGCUGUGAAAUGAGCUGAGUUCGCGCGCUGCUCCGUGGAGUGCCAGCGAUCCAGCGCGCUGUAGCAGCCGCAGCAGCAACAAGCAACGGAGGCAUGGCCUUGAUGGACAAACCUGCCGAGCUAUGGUCCGUCGACGAGGUCUCCGACUGGCUCGGGUCCGUCGGGCACGACGAGUACGCGCCGACGUUCGCCGAACACGUUAUCGACGGACGAGCCCUGCUCACGAUCGCCGAGUCGGACCUCAGAAAGCCGCCGCUCGAAAUCAAGCGUUUGGGCGACAUCAAGAACCUCAUGAUCUCCAUCCGCGAGCUCCAGUGGCAGAAUCUAGGGGCCGUCAAGCAGCUUCUAGGCCCCUGCGAACUCCUGAUGACGGCCACCAACAACUCGGCCGCUGACCCGUCGCAGAGCAUCAGCAGACGAAACUCGACGCGCAAACAUCGGCGCAGGCGGAGCGUCGGUUCCUCUGACGGCACCGCGCCUUCGCCCGACAUUUCGUUCGAGUACGAUUACGAGGACGACGACGGCAAUGAGCUCGGCUCGGCGCCCACAAAGUGCCGCCAUCUCAAACCCGAGAUCUGGAAGACUGCGGUGGGCAUGCUCUAUUUCUUGGCCGUCACUUGGAUUACCGCCAUCGUGAUGGUGAUCGUUCACGACCGUGUUCCGGACAUGCAGACCUACCCGCCUCUGCCAGACAUCUUCCUCGACAACGUGCCACACAUUCCGUGGGCCUUCGCCAUGGGCGAGCUGACCGGACUGAUCCUCUUCGGCGUCUGGGUGAGCAUCUUGAUCUGCCACCGGCACCGCUUCAUUCUCCUGCGCCGCAUGUUUUCGUUGUUCGGCUCGGUGUUUCUUCUCCGCUGUAUCACCAUGCUCAUCACCUCGCUGUCUGUCCCGGGCAAACACCUCGAGUGCAAGGCGAGGCACGUCGGCGACUUGUCCGAAAAGUUGCACCAGGCGUUCCUCAUCUGGCAGGGCGGGGGCAUGCUCAUCCAGGGCGUGCGGACGUGCGGGGAUUACAUGUUCAGCGGGCACACGACAGUGCUGACGCUGCUCAACUUCUUCAUCACGGAGUACACGCCGCGCUCCUACUACUUCCUCCACACGACGUCGUGGGUGCUCAACCUGUUUGGCAUCUUCUUCAUCCUGUCGGCGCAUGAGCACUAUUCCAUCGACGUCUUCAUCGCGUUCUACAUCUCGACCAGGCUGUUCCUCUACUACCACACGCUGGCCAACAACAGGGCGCUGAUGCAGAUGGACAGCAAGCGCACAAGGAUCUGGUUCCCGCUCUUCUACUUCUUCGAGUCUGGUGUGGACGGGAUUGUGCCGAACGAGUAUGACACACCGGUUGCCUGGGUCAGGUGGUUCCGCCGGAAGAUGGCCAACAUUGUCAUCAGGCUCAAGCUUACCAAGGUUCUCUGAGAUUCGCCUUCCCCGGCCUCCGACGGCCGGGAAGUGCUGAUUGCAGACAAUGAAAUCUAUGACGAAAGCAACUAAGCUACGUCUUUGGCUCUGGCUACUGUGUGCCGGCACACACUGUUCUGUUGUAACGCGGGUUGCGCAUGUCGGUAGAUUGACGGGGGCUGCUGUAAAAUGUCUUUUCAUGGUGUGUGUAUAAUGCUAAAGGUCUGCAUGCUUCUGUUGGGGUUUCCGAAAUGAAGACUGAAGUGCAAAGAAGGAUCUUUGUUUGUGAACUGGGCAUGAUAAUGGAAACAGACAGCCUGAUUGCCAGCGCAGGCCCAAAAUGAUGUCAUUAGACGUUACAAAGAAAUUCUGGUGUCAACUGCGGAUGUACCCAGAUCGUAUGUAAAAUCUUUUAGUAGUUUCAAAAUUGGAACUAUAUAAUUCACAUAAUUUUAGUACCAUAAAUGUGCCACUUAAAAUAUUUUUUUGAGCAAGUUACACAUAUUUUUGUUGGUGUGACGGUACACACAAUUUGUGUACUCUGGAACAUGGUUUGGGGAAACGGCCGAACGUAGGAAGUUGGGCUGUAGGCAUGAAGCACGGGGGAGGAAUGCUCUUUCCAAUUUUAAAAGGAAAAACAAAUCUCAGGAAUAAGUGGAGUUUAUGGUGUGUUAGGAGGCAAAUUGCUUUGCUUUCCUCUCCAGUUGUGAAAUUCUUGUACCUGUCAUAAUGAUCUAAAUCUAUUUGCUGAUAUGCAGCGAACUUGCUAGUCUCAAGACUUUAGCUAAUCUAAUAAAUUGAGUUUAUCCAUGUGCUCUCAACGAUUGCACAACCUACAUUAAAUACCUUUAUAGCCGAAGUAUGUCUAUCGUUUUAGACAUAGCUUUAUUGGCAACUUAAUUGGCAGCACUUGGCACCAGCAAACAAGCGAGCCAAGCUUCAUGCCACAUUAUCACUAACUCUGACACUUUCUAAAGCCUAUUUUUUUUAAAUAUUUCUAGACCCUUUCUCAGACUAGUUUACCUUGAAUUGACAUGUUUGUUAUAUGUGUGCGAACUAAACUAAUAUGUGACUGAGCAUGUAUAUAAGCUCUUCUGUGUGAGUGUGCUUGAAAAGAGUGUUUAUGGAUAUGGCCAGUUUAGUUAAAGAAGCACCAUAGAAAACAGUACGGUGCAUGUCGCACGAGCUUCUGUUGAUGGACGCAGCAGAGCAACCAAAUGCCCAAUUUUCUAAUCCGAGCAUCAUCUAAACAGACACGCAAGCUUGUAUUCUCCAUUGCUGCAGCCGAAAUGGGUGAUUUCUGCACACAAAGACUGCCUUUUCUGUAUGUGUGCAUGUUUCUACAGCAGCAGUGGAGGGAAACAAACACUUUGUUCGCUAAGUGUGUGUUUGAAUAUAGACAGUGACACCUGUGACUAUAGUAAUGCUCAAUUUCUUGAGCAUAGUUUCACAGUUCGUAGCUUGAUGUUGCAUUGCUGGAAGAUAGUCUUUGUGAAACCAUUCUGUGCCUGUUUAACAUAGUGCACACGUGUAAGCUUCACGGGAGUCUGUGUCGCCUUACCCACAUGGUCACAUCACAGAGACCACCAUGUUUACAACCCUCUCCUGUCCACUGUGGUCAGAUUGCAGAUUAAAUGUAUUUAAUACCAAAGCUGCCAGUUCUAGUGACAUUGGACAAUUACUUUCCUUGUUCCAUAUAGUUUGCAACUAAUUUGACUACACCCCAAGACUUUGAAAGGGACGGUGUCAUUCAUUAGCCUACCCUCUCAGAUUCUUUUUAAAAGAGAGGUUUUAAUUUAGCCCUGCGAGACUUGGAGAAAAGAAUGAAUCUGUAAAGAUAAUAAUUUAUUAGUCUCUUGUCGCACUGUUGUUGCCUUUCAUCGAAUGCACGCAAGAUUUCACAAGAUAACGGUUACAAAUGCAGCCGUGACUAAUGUUUUCGUGCACACAAGCUGCGCGAACUUUCACGUGCAUCAUCGAAACAACUCACAAACAUAUAUCUUGGAAAAGAAAAAAAAAUUGAAGGGUUGGAGUUUGUCGUUGGGUGUAGUGAAGGCCCGAAUCAACCAGUGUUGCAUUUUCGUGUCUGCGUGUGACGAACGUUUAUAUUUAUUUGUACAAUUUCUUCUUUAUGUCUAAGAUGCGGAAAAUAUAUUCAAUAAAAGAAGCGUUAAGCAUUUCGUA